AUGCAACCCGAUGAUGUAGAGGACUUCCGAGAUCGCGAGUACCCUCAGCUCAAGGGCAAGACCUACAUGGACCACGGAGGGACCACGCUUUAUGCCAAGUCUCUUGUCGAGGAGUUCUCUGCCGACUUGAUAGCGAACCUCUACGGCAACCCACAUUCAGCAUCGACUCCAUCAGCGAUUGCCGGACACAGGAUCGACGCUAUUCGAGAGCGCACUCUUCGUUUCUUCAACGCCGAUCCCGCCGACUUCGACCUCAUCUUCACCGCCAACGCCACCGCUUCCAUCAAAUUGGUCAUCGACUGCUUCAAAGACCAUGCCGCCACGAGUAACACACCCGUCUGGUACGGGUAUCACCGUGACGCGCACACGUCGUUGGUAGGAGUUCGAGAAGCGACCAAGAUGCAUCGAUGCUUUACAAGCGAUGAAGAGGUGGACGUGUGGAUCAACAGCGGAGGUUUGGGCGGUCCUCGAGCGCGACAAAUCGGCCUUUUCGCGUACCCUGGACAGUCGAACAUGACAGGAAGGAGACUUCCUCUGAGCUGGCCUGGUCGGAUUCGCAAAUCGUUCCACAAAGCCGUGACGUACACACUUCUAGAUGCUGCCGCUCUUGCGACAACCUGCCCGCUUGACCUGUCCGACCCGGCGACAGCGCCGGACUUUGUCGCACUUUCAUUCUACAAAAUCUUCGGAUUUCCCAACAUUGGUGCGCUGAUCGUGCGCAAGGAUUCAGCACAUGUGCUAGAGAGCCGCAAGUAUUUCGGUGGAGGUACCGUGGAGAUGGUCAUCUCCAUAAACGACACAUGGCACGCCAAGAAGGAUACUUCACUGCACGAUCGCCUCGAAGAUGGCACUCUGCCAUUCCAUUCGAUUUUCGCGCUGGACCACGCAAUGAACGUCCACGAGCGACUCUACGGCCCGAAUCCUAUGAAGUUCAUUUCCCAUCACACCGCACAGCUCGGCAAACAACUAUACGACAGCUUGACGGGGCUCUACCACGUCAAUGGAUUGCCUUUAUGUCGGAUCUAUAAGGACGAUGCUGCGGUUUACGGUGACCCAACAAUGCAAGGUGCUACCAUUGCUUUCAACGUGCAGAAAUCGGACGGCACUUUGAUCGGCUUUGAGGAGGUCGAGGAGGCCGCCGACCACAGACACAUCUAUGUUCGAAGCGGUUCCCUGUGUAACCCUGGAGGUGUCGCGACAUAUCUCGGAUGGUCUCCGGCCGAGAUGAAAGCCGCCUAUGCAUCCGGUCAUCGUUGCUCACAUCCGACACAGAUCAUGCUGGGCAAAGCCACGGGUGUGGUCCGCGUUAGCCUGGGUGCCAUGAGCACCGCUGGCGACGUUCAGACUCUUAUCCGCUUCCUUGAGGAGACUUACGUCGAGACCAGCAUUCCUCGUCUUGCCCGAUCCUCCUCCCUGCCCAUGCUCAACACCUCCGCUGGCGUGAUCGCGACCUACCAAAGCCGGCAAGCCACCACAGCGCUACCCCUCAGUAGUGAAAGCAGCGUCGACCUCAACGGCUCCCAUCGAUUAUGGGAGUCGAGUGAGGCUCCUGCCAUGCCCGCGAUGUCUCCGACUCUUGAAGCGGACAAGAUCCGUGCCUUCAUACCCGCUGACUACGUCAAGCGGAGGAAACCUUGGGAGGAGGAGAUGCGUAAACAAUCCACCACCUUCAACCAUGGCAUCCCCGGCGAGUUGAAGAUGCGCGAAGGAGAGGAUGGUGGCAGUGUGUCCAAGGCUUCAACACCAAGCUUCCGAGCCAGGAAAUUCGGACGCAGCGUUGUCAAUCUCCUCAAGUCAAACCGCUCAAAUGUCAACAUCAACUUUGCGGAUCAGAGGUACGAAAUCCAGUGA